UGUCUAUCGAUAGACGAUGACGAAAAACAUCUGAUGUGUUUCUUUUCUUUCUGCAAUAAAAUUUUUUCAAUUAACGCUGCUUAAAAAUUUGCGAGCAUAAGAAUGUGCUAUAAGUUGCUAAUAUUAGCAACGCUCAUUGCGCUGACCAGUUGCGAGGUCGUUAUUGGCCAAGAGGAUCUCGUCGACGAGAUAUCUGGCCACUACACCAUCGAGGGCAAAGUGUAUGCCCCAGAUUUGGGUCCAGGAGCGGCGCAAGGUCUUCCCGUGACGUUGCCAAGUGGUAACAAGUGGCAAACGGAUCUGUCCAUCAGCAUCAACAAUGGCGAGUUCAAGGGAUUCGUGCGCGAAGAUGGACAAUUUAUAAUAAGUGGUGUGCCAUCGGGCAGCUAUGUCCUGGAUAUCUAUCAUCCGGAUAUAUUUUAUGAGCCGGUCCGUGUGGAAAUCAAUCCAAAAGGCAAGUUCCGGGCACGCAAAGUGAACUACAUGCAGCCGGCGCAGGUCGUCCAAGUCCCAUAUCCACUCAGGAUGAAACCGCUGAUGCGAUUCAAAUAUUUCCAGACACGAGAGCAGUGGAAGAUUACUGACUUCCUGUUCAGCCCUAUGGUGCUGAUGAUGGCUUUGCCUUUGUUACUUAUGCUUGUCCUACCCAAAAUGAUCAACGAUCCCGAGACCAAGAAGGAAAUCGAGAACAUGCAGUUCCCAAAGAUGACAAACGAUAUGCCCGAGAUCAGUGAAAUGCUGACCUCAUUUCUGGCGGGCAAGCAGCCUGAGCCGAAGGAGAAGAAACCAAUUGCGGCCAGCAAACAAACUAAGAAACGCAAUUAGCAAUUGGCUAUUGCCAUGGAAAGUAAUUCAAUAAAGCCCUAAGCAAAUAGUUAAUAUACUCUCAAUGUAUAGUCAAAUGUCAGUAAAAAUAAAAAUAAAACAAAUAAAUUUUCAUAUUAAAU